GUCCCUUGGCGAGAGGAGGCAAAGGGAGCUUCGGCCUCUGUCUGCUGCCGCCGGGAGACUCCUACCAGCCGUCCUCAGCAUCCCGCCCGCGCUGUCCAGCACCCGCGGGAUCCGGAGAGAGGAAGCCAAAGCCGGGGGAGCGGAGCGCCAGCGGAACUCGCGUCCCUCCCCCGAGCGGAGUCCCGGGCGCAGAGGAGCCGGCGGGACAGGAGGGGUGCCUGCUUGGAGGCGCCUCCUCGAGCUGCUGCGUGGGGAAAGAGCCAAGGCGCAGCAAGAGCUGAGUGUGCAGGGAGUGCCCGGGAUCGGACUGCAAAGGGCGCUGCCUCCUAGCCCGGGGGGCUGCUCGGGCCCCUUGGCCAAGCUGCUGGCCGGCGCCGCGCAAAGUGCAAGAAAGUCGGGGAAAGUUACUGCCCGUCGAGGUCUCCCCGCCGUGCCACUGCCUGCCGGGCGUGUGACACGCAGCACCGCUGCAGCGGGAGGAGGGCAGGGCUGGGACCUCCCUCCAGCGCAGGAGGAGACUCAACCCGUGCUUUUUGCGGGCUGGGUUGCAUCGCACCCCCUAUUGAUUUGCAACCCUCCCCCCAGCCACCGUUCGGUUCCCCAGCAGCGGGAGGAGGCUGCUCCCCGCCGGGGUAUGUGCGGGCAGCGACGGGAUGGCCUCGGCCGUGUUUGAGGGCACCUCUCUGGUGAACAUGUACGUGAGGGGCUGCUGGGUGAACGGCAUCCGGAGACUCAUCAUCAGUCGGCGCGGGGACGAGGAGGAGUUCUUCGAGAUCCGCACCGAGUGGUCGGACAGGAACGUUCUCUACUUGCACCGGAGCUACUCGGACCUGGGCCGCCUCUUCAAGAGGCUGCUGGACUCCUUCCCGGAGGAUCGCCCCGAGCUGUCACAGUCCCCCCUGCUCCAAGGACUAAUCACAAUAAAAGAGGCCCGUGAUAUAGAAGCCAGGCUUAACGAAGUGGAGAAGCUUCUGAAGAUUAUUAUAAAUAUGCCUUGGAAAUAUUCUAGAUCUGAAGUUGUCCUUACCUUCUUUGAAAGAUCUCCAUUAGAUCAAGUGUUAAAAAAUGACAAUGUCCAUAAAAUUCAACCAAGCUUUCAGAGUCCAGUUAAAAUAUCAGAAAUCAUGCGAUCUAAUGGAUUUUGUUUAGCAAACACUGAAACAAUAGUUAUUGACCACAGUAUACCAAACGGAAAAGACAAGCACCUGGAUGUAGAUUCAGCAGAGCACUUGUUUGAAACCGUUAGUGAGUUUACUUCAGAGCUAGAAGACACUGAUGAUCCAGCAGCCUAUGUCACCAACUUGACAUAUUACCACCUGGUCCCAUUUGAGACGGAUAUUUUGGACUGAGGCUUUCCAGGGACCCAGUCAGCUAGCAUCCAACUGAUUUCUUUGCUAAUAGACUCUGCUUUCCCAUUGUUCUUCUAUGAAUAAAGCUGUGUGAUUAAAAACAGCAGAGAAGUUGCUGCAGAUAUACCAUGAAACUGAUUUUGCAGCUUAGCUCUUCGUUGUGACUCAAGGAGGUACCUUGCAAGGAAGUAACUGCUUCAAGAAACUCCUUUUUCACGGAAAGGAAUGUAGCAAGAUCUUAGGGCUACUUGGAUCCAAGGAAAUCAUUUUGGCAAAGGCCAUGGCAACCACUACACUGACAAAACCAUAAGCGAUCGUGCUAUUGUUUGGCACCAGUGGUCACUGGUAUACAGUGCAACUUGUACAAAAGACUACCCUUAUUAGCAGUCACAACAAAAUAUCCCCAGAUGUACUGAGUACAGUUCCACUCCAUCUUUAGUAGAAGACCACCUCUGUUGAGCAAUCAAUGUUUGUCAGUCCCUUUAUGUGGUCACUUAAGACAGGUCCCACAGUUUGCUGUGUGUUCAGCUGUGAGAUGACAGGUGCCUUACAUAUAAUGUUACAAAUACCAUAGAGUGCCUACAGGAAACCAAUGCACAAUCUGAUUACUUUACCUCUGUUAAUCCUUGGGUGCUGUUUAAUUGUCCGAGAGCUGACUUCUUUCCUGAAAUAGGAAAGCAAACUGGCAUUGCAGUGGAAAGCUUGUAAUGCUGCAGUACCUUGAAUUACUUCAGAGUUCUGGAAAGCUGAUAGGAAGGCUAAACUGCCUUGCUAAGAAUGGUCAGUGUAUGCCAGGCACUUGGAUCUGUUUUUUGUUGGACCAGGAAAUCUGAGCAGUGCUUGCAGUUGUUUACACAAGAUGGAUAAUUACCUUUGCGUAUUACUUUCCAGAGAAUGGGGAGAUUUAAGCCCUGUGGAGACUGAGAAUUAAAGAUAAACUACAGCUUAUCUUACAAGGACAGGAAAAAAGAAACCACCCCAGCUCAGUCUGCUUAACCCACCCCCAUAGACCUAACGGGCCUGAUUCUGAUCUUGCCUACACUGGUUUCAUACCAAUGACAUUCUAUUCACCUCAGUGGAAUUACACCAGUGUAAGAAAGGGCAGAAUCAGACCCUAAAGGCUCUUUACUACUGAGUAGUGCAAUGUUAACCUCUCUUAGAGCUCAAUCUUGUAAGUUGCUGAGCACCCUGAACUCCCAAUAUGAGCUCAAUGUCCUGCAUGAUUGGGCCCUGACCUUUCAUCGAGCAUUUAAUGUAGUAAUGGCCAGAAUUAAUUUAAAGAGAUAUGAACUGAGAAGAGUGCAUUUUGAGCUGGUUAUCUGUACAAUAGCUUUGCCUUGGUCCUGAAGAACUUGGCACAGCUCCUCCUGUAUACUCUUCAGUGCUCUGUGUAUAACAGUAGACCGAAUUUGCUAAUGUACAUAAUAAAUUAUUGAGAAUCCUAAUUCCUUUACACAGUAUGUUUUAAAAAUAUAUAUUUAAUUAAAUAAAAUAACUCACCUUAAGUAUGAUAUCUUCCAUUUAAAGUGUUGACUUCCAUUUAUUUUUCAUGGAGAGUAAGUCUCUGAGAUCUGAGUCCUCUGCUUUUCCCUCCAAUAAUUUUGGAAACAGGUUGUGUAACUGCUGCUUUUCCUGUGCUGCUUAUGUGCUUAUGCUGCAGAUAUAAUUAACACCAAGUGAAAGCUACAGGGCUGGAUACUGAUCUCACCCUGUGUAAACAUGGAUUAACACUACUGCCUUCAGUGGAGCUCUUUGGGGUUUAUACAGGUGAAAAUGAGAUCAAAUCUGACAUCUAUAGUUUCUCAGGGUGGAGGAGUUCCUUAAACUGGAAUGUAAUGGGAAACUUCCUUGUUUCGUGUUCUUGAACUAGAUUUAUUUUCUUUGCCCACUAUCUGCAGUUCUUCAGUCUAUGCUUCCAGCUGAUUAUUAUUGGGUAGCAGCAUUAUCUGAUGGAAGGGGAACUGGACUGGGAACUGCGAGAUCUGAGCUCUGUUCCUUGCUCUGUUACUAGCCUGCUAUGGGAUGUUGGGCAACUGUACGUCAUUGCCUGUGCCUCAGUUUCCCCAUUUGAAAAUUCUACCUGCUGUCUCCAUUUUACAAGUGCCUAUGCCCCACUGACUUCCACUGAGACAUAAGUAUUCUUGUAAAUGUUAUCCACUGAUACUUACCUACCUUUUGUAAAGUAAUUUAAGAUGUAUGCAUAAAAAGUUAUAUU